UUCUGACAUUAUCCCCUCAUCUGCUGUAUCGGAGUGAUAUGUUCAAGCUGGGGGAGAUACGCCGCGUAAUGCUACAGUGACAGUGAGUCGGUCUGCCUGACAGAGAGCAGACGAUAGAGGGAGGCAGAGCUAGAGAGAGAAGCGAGCUCACGGCAUGGCCUAGAUAAUUAGCCCGAUAUUCUGGAUGCAUACGUCAGGCACAUGUAGUUCAACAUUGCGAGCAGGUAGAGGGAUUCCAGACGCACCUGAGUCAUCUGUGGUGUGUGACUGCCCCGUUCCGUAUGGACAACUAUAGCCACAGCCCAGUCUGACGGACACAUACUGUUGGACCCAGGAUAUAUACCCUGUCAGACGCAUACAGAGGACACACCCAGUCUGACACGCACAAAGUCGGACAAAAUGGGGAAAGAUACCAAGGUGAUCUGGACCAAGGAUGGUCUGAAGUCGGAGAACAUGAAGCUGGGCCACAAGAUACGGGAGCUGGAGACCCAGUACAGGGAGAUCAGGGCCAUCUUCGUGCAGCUGGAGCAGGACUACGACAACAGCUACAGUGCUUUCCCCAUACAGCGCUACGCCGUACUCAAGAGGAUGAUCAAACGUUGUGUGAAGGAUGAAAACCUCAGGAAGGCUGACACGUAUGCGAAGACAGAUACUUCCAAACCUAAAUCUGGUUUGUCUGGACUUCUUGGGAAGGCGAAAGAUUUUGCCGACAAGGAUAGGUCGGCAUCAGGGGCAGAUAACUCUGCCAGUGGCAGUAGUGGAAGGAGUGGUAGUGAUGCUCACGCUGGCGGCAUGGGCGGGCUGCUGUCCGCGUGUAAGACGUUUGCAGGGAAGUCGGAUGGUAUUGAAACAGCUGCUGCAACUAGGAAAGAUCUCAGCAAGAUGUCAAAACAGGAGGUACUGGAAGACAAUGAGCUCAAAAGGAAACAAAUCGAGGCAUUUGGUCCUAGGUUCAUGAGAGCCUUUAACAGAUUAGAACAGCUCAAAACGGACUAUGAAACUUCCAAACAGUCAUUUCCACUGUCACGAUACGGGAUCAUGAAAAACAUGAUCAAGGAUGUAACGCGGGACAAAAGUCUGCACUAGCAGGAUGUUGUGUAUCUCCACAUGCAGGGUAUCCAACUGGUAAUAAUGACCUUUGGGAUGUGUAUGGUGGUCAAAACAGAAGUCUAAACUAGCAGGUUGUUGUGUAUCUCCACAAGCAGGGUAUCCAACUGGUAUUAAUGACCUUUGGGAUGUGUAUGGUGGUCAAAACAGAAGUUUUAACUAGCAGGUUGUUGUGUAUCUCCACAAGCAGGGUAUCCAACUGGUAAUAAUGACCUUUGGGAUGUGUAUGGUGGUCAAAACAGAAGUCUAAACUAGUAGGUUGUUGUGUAUCUCCACACUCAGGGUACCAAACUGAUGAUGACUCUUUUGGGAUGUGUAUGGUGGUCAGAACAAGAGUCUGCAGUAACAGAACUCUGGUAAUCUCAUGUCCUUUCUAGGAUACCCAACAGGUCAUGACUGAUAGUACGUGCAUAUGUCAUGGGAAUUCAGUUUUGAGAUGAUGGGUCAUAGACAAUUUGUGGAAUGAAAUGUAAGUUGUGAUUUGUUUUCAGAAAGUGGUACAUCAUCCGAGGCUAACGGUAAUUCGGGAACAGCAUGGAGAUCGGAAUUUCAAGUGGAAUGCCUGUAUCUGCAAUACUGCAGCUGUAAAUAGCACGAGAUCUGAUCUGGAAUGCUUGGGGAGCUGGAAUAGUACUCAUAUAUAAUCUUCAACAUCGGAUAUUACGGUUGUACAGUAUUCAGCUCCGUGAAUUAUGACGAUAUUGUAUUGGAUACUGUCAAGUUUUUGUAUUUAACCAGUGGACGUAUUGUGGCUGGAUAUUUUGCGUGCAGUGCAAUACUGAUGGAUACUGGAAACUAUCUGGAGCACUGGAAAAUGCUUCCUGCAGCUGGUUUAUACUUUCGGGUAUUCUACUGUACAUCAUCUACAGUGCUGCUGAUGACACAAUUUUGGCACAAUCUCGGCACAAUCAAGGUUGGCGAAGUACUUAUGUGCCUUUGGCCCCCAUAGACUUGUGUGUAUUAUAUUUACACUGUUCAUACGUAACUUUACAUUCAAUGUUCACAUUAUUACCUGAUAUGCCUUGAGUCAUUGGGUGCCUCCGGUAGACCAUUAUAUCUUCACCUAAACAUCACAUGGAGGCAUGUGUGCAACAGCAAGGGAAGAACUUCACUGAUCACCUUUCUUUAACAAUAUUGGAUGGCUAUUUCAGAAUGUAUUACUUUCACACAAAUACAGAUUUCAAGACUUGAAGAUGUUCCAACACAAGCUAUCAAGUUCAUUUUACGAAACAUACUUUCUUGCAUGAUGGCAUCAUUUAAUUUCUUUAAACAAGAAUGAUGAAAUCAUGCAUUGAUAUUUAUUUUUUAAACAAUGUCUUGCACCACCAUGCACCAUGAUCAAUGGAUAAAGCCCGGAAGUGACCGUCUAGCCCCUGCAGAGCAAAUCACGUUUCUACGCCUUCAGCGUCUAUUCCAACUAAUCCACGAUGAAAGUGUCGCAAAGAAGAAUUACGUAUAAAAAUUUCGAUGUUACUUUGGGUAGUUUGUUUUCAAUUGAAAUCGCAAGGAAUAGCAUAUCGCCUUCAGAAAUAUUCAACAGUUCUCAUAGGUAUCGAUGGGUAUGUGACAUCAUUUCCAGUUUAACAGUUUAGGACGUAUGAUACAUUUUUAACACAUAUUUCCUCAAGAAUGUCGUGAGACAGGCAGCAUUGCUUAUAAAGUAAAAGGAUCUGUAUUAAUCUGAGUUUAUUUUGGCUAUAUAUAUUUUUUAUCUUUUGGUUGUGACUUGAACCAGUGUAAAUUGUAAUUUCCUCUUCCAACACACCUCAUGUACUUUAUUCUUGCUAUUAAACAACAAAAAUCCUU